GUGAUUUAUUAUUUGUUUGUCAUAGAACAAAGUAAACUUAGAAUUCUCCAAGGAACCAUUCUUUGAAUUUCCCGCAUGCUAAGCCAGUCUACUAGUGGAUAUUUGUAAUAUAUGAAAUAUAGACUAACGGCAGUAGGGUGCCAGGAAGAAGAUAUGUAAUAUUACGAUUCCACCCAUUCUACUAGUAUUCCAAGGCUAUAAUGAAUAUAUCAAAAUGACCUAAGCUCAUUACAAAGUAAUUUCGUUUUAAAAAUGUGACUGCUAUUUUGUGCUAUUGGUCCAAGCAUUGUUACAACUUACUUGCUGAAUAAGGAUUUAUUGAACUUGCGGCCAUGAUGAAGUUCUUCUUAGAUUUUUUGAACCAUUUUAGUGCGUCCUCCAUUUUACAAAUGUACGCGACUUUCGCGUUCAGAACGUCGCACGAAAUAAGAAUCGCCGAUUUUGCGAUUAAUUCAAAAAUUGUGUUCGAUGAUGAUCAGUUGAGCAAAGAUGACAUAGACGUAUACAGACAUCUCCAGCGGAUCGUCGAGACCUUCAGAGCCCAUCAACAUUGCUCCUCCAAAUCUCCAAGCUUCCACAGCCUUCAAGUGGCCUACAGAAUAUUUUCUAAAGAAAGGGUGGAAUUCCAGUUCUUUCUUAUCUACGAAGUAACAGAGAAGGAAGUUCCAAAGCUGAAUAUUCUUGAGAGGCAGAUGGUAUUCUCGUUCAAGAGGAAAACAGAUAAUACUGAUACAUUCGACUGGCUGAAGAAUGCAUUGAGUGAGCUUCUGAACUACGUACUACGAGAGUUUGAAGAAGAAGACCGAGUGGGAUUAAUUAUAAAGCACGAAGAUGAUCAAACAAAGAUGGCCACUUUUCCUAUAAGUCUGAAAAACCACUUGGAGGCCUCCGUGAUUAUCGAUACGCUGAACUCCAUUGCUAGGAUAAAAGGCUCACUCAUAGCAGAAGAGAAAAUGUACUUGCAAGUGAUUAGAAUAAGGACGCCCGUACUUUAUAAGAAAAUUAUUUCUCGAGAAGACGUGUUGUCUCUAGGAUGUAGUGACACACUGAGCUGGAUGUGAUUGUACAAUAUCAAAAUACUUAAUAUAUAAGCACACUUCCAAAACGAUACCUCAUUUGGAAUAUUUAUAUAUUUUUCACCCUCGAUCAGUAGCAUAUUUGCACUUUGCACUCAUUAGAUUUCGUAAGGACGAAAUAGGACUUGGGUGGAGGAUAGCUACACUCCAAUCACCGUUUGAGCAAUUAAUACAAGGUGGUUGUAAUAGAUUAGUAAAUUGAAUAGGUGAAAUUCCCCAUUUUUUCAUCCAUGCUUCAGCUAGACAUAGCGGUUAGAAUAUUGUCGCUCAUGUGUUUUACCGUGCAGCGUAUGAGCAAGCAGAGAUUGCCUUUUUGUUGUCGGAGCUUAUUCAGCUAUUGAAGACACCACUGAAAGGAAAGCAUUGGUUUGAAGCCCACAAAUGGAAGCGGAAUAUUGCUGGUUUCACUGCUGAACUUAGAAUUCUCCUAUGAAGUUUAUUAACUACUGUCGUAACAUUGGAGGGACGAUACAAUGUGCUCUCCACGUGACCGCGAUGUUCGAAUAUAUCGAGACAAUCUGCCUCUAAACCUAUAAAUAGUCUACAAAACCAAAAUUGAAAUUUUGUUUUUAUUAUAACUUUUAUUGUCAAAUUAUCGACUGUGACCUCUAAUGGGGUACCACCACACUUCUUGCUAAAACAUAUAUCUCUAGCGAAAUUAGGCUGUCGCGGAGAAAAUACAUGGGUUUACAUCAUUGUAGAUUGACUUUGGCGCUUUAUGUCAGCUGUGAUUUGGAUCAAAUGAUAUUGACACCGUCUCCUGAAUAUCACAACUUGUGAUGAAUUUUGUGCUUGGAAUUUUUACGUUUACAACAGUCCAGUACAUACGAUUCGGUUUUUUAUAAUAGUAAUGGUUUAAGACAAGUAUUGAUCAACAAAAGACUAUAUUUAGCAUGUUCGUCACUAUAAAUACCUACAAUCGUAACUAUUUAUAUCUAGUCAAAAAUCAACAAUUCCCUGUAUGGUACUUUCUUGAAGUAUCCACUAGAUAUGGCCCUCGCUACGGCCCUGAUCGUCUGACUGAUCGCACCUCCAAUUUCCUUGACCACCUCUUGCCAGUUUUCAUUCAAAAAUUGAUUCAUAUUGUCGCCUGAAAUAAAAUAUAAGAUUAUAUUUUAUAGAAGAUAAUUAGUAAGUAUUUUUCUAAGGCGUGAAAAUGGUCCAAAAAUACUAAGGAAUGGGACCCAAAUGCAGUGUCUUAUAAUUUCAAGCUCGUGAAAAUAAUUAUAUCUUCGAAAUUCUUAUCAUUUCGAAAUUUUAUGAAUGAACAGCAUACAAAAAAAAACCAGCCCAAUCCUCACCAGUAGCCCAAAAACUGAGAUUUUUUAGUCGAGCAGAAGAUGAAAGAGGGAUAUUUUCUAAGUCACUGGCUUUUUUGAAACAUCCAUAACAUUUUUGGAUAAGGCUUUUGAUUUCACGUGAGUUAUAGUUCUCAACUGGCCAGAUACUCCAUUUUCUAGUAAAAUUGGUUUGAAAGUUUGAAGGAGAAUUCGUGUAAAAAGUUCCUUCUAUUUUGAAAAUUCGCUAGAAUUAGUGAAGUUUGAUAAAUAGAAUUUGAUGCAGUAUGGUAGGAAAAUGCUAGAUAAUUAUGUUUUGUCCCUAACUAGGCUUGACAGUGUCAUAGAAGUUUACAAUAUCCUGUAGUUUAGCAAUGGUACAUUUUUGAACUUAUCUUUAUAUUAAUAUUUCACAUUAUUUGCUUUAGAAAUAUCGCCAUUAUUUUUCGAAAAUAUAGUGUUCUUCCAUUGC